AUGAACUGUUCAAUUGCUCGCAGUUCUCUCCUCAGAAGGAGCUGGCAUGCCUCGCAAAACGCUCACAAAUUUCACUCCCGGAGUGCGUGCACGAGGCUGACGCCCAGCGUUCGGGCGCCGAUAUCGUCAAACACAGCCUUGGCUGCCUCAAAACCAAACCCCAGCAUCGGAAGAUCGCGUGUCACGGAGCAUGGGCGUCCUCACUCUAGCUGCGCAUGCCGUGCAACGACGCGCAAGCGGACGGCGUACAUAGCCCUCGGGAGCAACGUGGGCGAUCGCGUGGCCGAGAUUGAGAGGGCCUGCAACGAGAUGGACCGCCGCGGAAUUCGCGUGAAGCGGACGAGCAGCCUCUGGGAGACGGAGCCCAUGUAUGUAAAGGACCAGGACCGUUUCAUCAACGGUGCCUGCGAGGUUGAGACGGACCUCGAUCCCUUGCCGUUGCUGGACCAGCUUCAAGCGAUCGAGAAUGACAUGGGUCGGCGCAAGAUCAUCGACAAAGGCCCUCGCAACAUCGACCUAGACAUUCUGCUGUACGGUGACGAAAAGGUGCAGCAUGAGAGGCUCACCAUCCCGCACCCCGGCAUUGCCCAGCGCGAGUUUGUGCUUCGGCCGUUGGCCGAGCUCAUUCCCUCGAAACCGCUCGACCCCUCCAAGCCAUGGAAGCUGGUGCAGGAUUACUUGAACGACCUCCCGGCGGGAGAACCACUUUCCUCCCUCACUCCACUGGCAGCCGCCCCGUCGUGCCCGGUGCUCACCCCCCUGGCGCGCGACCGCAGGACCCAGGUCAUGACCAUCCUGAACCUGACGCCCGACUCCUUCUCCGACGGAGGGCGCCAUGAUUUAGCGAACCUUGGCGGGGCCGUCGUCGACGUCGCUCGCGGCGGGGCCACCGUCAUCGACGUUGGGGGCCAGUCGACGGCGCCCGGGCGCCCCGAGGUCACGGCUGAAGAGGAGGCUGCCCGGGUCAUCCCCGCCAUCGAGCUCAUUCGAUCCAUGCCGGAGGCGCGUGGCAUCGUCGUCAGCGUCGACACCUACCGCGCCUCCGUUGCCGAGAAGGCCGUCGCCAGCGGGGCCGACAUGAUCAAUGAUGUCUCGGCUGGACAGCUCGACCCUGACAUGCUCUCAACCGUCGCUCGUCUUGGCAAGACCAUCUGUCUGAUGCACAUGCGGGGAACGCCACGAACCAUGGCAGGCCUCACCUCAUACCCCGACGGGCUCAUUCCCACCGUCGCGUCGGAGCUCCUCGCACGAGUCGCCGCCGCCGAGCGGGCAGGCAUUCGCCGCUGGCGGAUCGUCUUGGAUCCCGGCAUUGGCUUCGCCAAGACGCACGCCCAGAACCUUGAGCUGCUCAGGAACCUAGACCUGCUCAGGACCUGGCCGGGGCUCGAAGCCUUGCCCUGGCUCGUGGGCGCGAGCCGCAAGGGCUUCAUUGGCGCCGCGACGGGCGCCGAGCAGCCUUCGCAGCGCAUCUGGGGGACGGCCGCGACGGUGGCGGCCUCUGUCCAGGGGGGCGCCGACGUCGUCCGCGUGCACGACACCAAGGAGAUGACCAUGGUGGCCGCCAUGUCGGAUGCCAUCUGGAGAUCGUCGUCAGCCUCGUAG